CCCCUCCCGCGGCCGGGCAGCGCUGAGAGGAGCCGGGAGACGGCCGCUCCGCACCGCCCCACCGCACACCCCCACCUCCGGAGCACAAGAUGGCGGCGGCAAUGAUCGGCCGGACCGCUCUCCGCGGCAAUGGCUCGAUCCACUUCUCCGGCACGAGACGGUUCUUCAGCCAUGGACCAAAUGUGCUGCUGCAAGAGAGCAAAGCUCCGCAAGCUGCAUUCUUUUCACCUCUUCAGAAAGUGAUGUUGCCACCAAAUUCCUUUCAGGGGAAGGUGGCAUUUAUAACUGGUGGAGGUACUGGGAUUGGCAAAGGCAUGACAACAGCUUUAUCCAGUUUGGGUGCCAUGUGUGUCAUAGCAAGCCGAAAGCUUGAUGUUUUGAAAGGAACGGCGGAAGAAAUUUCUUCUAAAACAGGGAAUAAGGUCCAUGCCAUCCAGUGUGAUGUGAGAGAUCCAGCUUCUGUUAAGAAUGCUGUUGCUGAAUUAAUUCAAGUGGCAGGGCAUCCUAAUGUUGUGAUAAACAACGCAGCAGGGAACUUUAUUUCCCCUUCUGAACGACUUUCUGCUAAUGCAUGGAAAACUAUAACUGAUAUUGUACUUAACGGUACCGCCUUCGUAACUUUGGAAAUUGGAAAGGAACUCAUUAAAGCACAAAAAGGAGCCGCAUUCCUUUCUAUUACAACCAUUUAUGCAGAGAGUGGUUCAGGAUUUGUGUUGCCAAGUGCCUCUGCCAAAGCUGGUGUAGAAGCACUGAGCAAGUCUCUUGCAGCCGAGUGGGGUAAAUAUGGCAUGAGAUUCAAUGUGAUUCAACCAGGUCCAAUAAAAACAAAGGGUGCUUUUAGCCGCCUUGACCCAACUGGCAUGUUUGAGAAGAAAAUGAUUGAGAGGAUUCCCUGUGGCCGCCUGGGAACUGUUGAAGAAAUUGCAAAUCUCGCUGCCUAUUUCUGCAGUGACUAUGCAAGCUGGGUUAAUGGAGCAGUUAUUAGAAUGGAUGGCGGAGAAUAUGUUUCUAUGGCAGGAGAAUUCAAUGAUUUGAAAAAGGUUACCAAGGAGCAGUGGGAUAUGAUGGAAGCAAUGAUCAGGAAAACAAAAGGCUCUUAAAGUGCCUAACUGUGUGACGUUGACUUCUGGAAAUAAACCACUACUAAUUCAUAAAUACUUAGAAAUAACCAAAUGAGAAAGUGGACUUCAAAAUCUUUGUAUGUUGAUUGCAGUAAAAUAUUUCCAAGUCUUCAUAUUUGGAAUAUAACUUGUCUUUUUCCAUCUGCAGUCUAACCUUAUAAAUAGCAAACAACAGUUUUCUAAAAUUUUAUUUUACUUUAAUUAAAAAAAAAAAAAAAAAACAAAAAACAAAAAAACAACAAAACAAACAAACAAAUGUUCAACACUGCAGCCUGGGAGAAGGGCCUUGCUUUUAGAGUCUUUUGCAAAAAACUUCAGAGGAGACUUGGUUGACUUCAUGAGUUUUGGAGUCGAGGAUGUAGAGGAUCCAAAGGGUGCUACAGUGCAACUGAAGAAGAGGUAUUUGCAGCAUACAUGGGUGUUGGGGCUGCUUCAGAUAUGAUUGGUACUGAAGCACAACUUAUUUUAGAGCCUUGACUACUGGUGCUAAAUUGGAUGUUUAAAGGGAAGGUCCUCUCCUCGCACUGUGGUACUUGGAGUACGUGGAUUGCAUUGAUUACAUAGUGGGCUUGGAUGGGGAACACUGAUCAUUCAGGAAUCUUGGAAGUGAUCAUGGACUGGCCUGAAAGUAAGAACUUUGAAAUACCAUCAGGGGAAGAGGUGAGGUGUGGAAGAGGCCCCCACCAUACAACGAAUUACCAGAGAUUGAAAAAGAGGUAUGACUUAUUCUCUGAUGAGUUUUGCCAUAUAGUGGGAAAGUAUUGAAGGUGGAAAGCUGCUAUGUGGAGUCCUUUAAGAUGAGGAGACCGUCAUCACUAUCUGAGCUAUAAAAAUGGAUGAGAUUCAAGAUGUGAAAGACUGCACAACAUCCAAAUGAGAACAUUGUCACCUGGACGCUCUGGUGUUGGGAUGCUGAGGCCAGUAAUGUGGAUUUAGAUUGCAAAGAAGCCCUCUGGCUAGUAGGUAUUAUUAGGGAUCCAGCCAAUAUCAGAGGAAUUAGUAGAAAACAGAAUUGAGAUUAUACCCUCUGAAACUGAAUUUUAACAGCCCUAAGGGAGGGAGAUCCCUUGAAGGAAGACUUGAUGUUUCGUCAAAGUAAAUGGACAUCUAUGGAAAGAUAUAUCCACUAUCUAAGGGAAUUACCCUUCUACCUAAAUAUAAUUGUUAGUCUGAAGAAAACCUAAAUCAUUAAGUCCUAAUGUUAGCACUUUUGUAAUAAGACCUAAAUUUGUGAGUAACAAAACUUCAAGUUAUUAGCAAUGCUACAUAUGUUUACAUGAAUUGCAACUCCUAUGGUUACAUACAUUUUGAAAUACAUGACUAUCUUGGUCUCAGCUUUUUGAUGACAUUUUCAGUCUGCUAUGCUGAACUUCAGAAAUGACAUUUAAGAAAUAGUAAUGCCUUCUUAAGUAGCUCUUUCUUUAGCAUGAUUAACUUAAUGUUCUUGAAAAACUAAAAAACAAUUGCUACUAAUGUGUAUGAGACAAGGGGAGUCCCUACACUCAGUUUGAAUUGACAGCUGCCAGAGAAUCUGCGUUAGUUCUGACUCUAGUCAGUUCAUUGCAACCAAAAUGAUUCAAACUAGUUAUAAGCAAGUGAUUAAAGUACACUUCCUAGAUUUAGAGGGUUGCCUAGUGUGAUCACUCUCCUGCUCUGCUUUAAAUAAUGGAUUGAAUUCUUCAAAGAAAUUAACAGUCUCUGACCUUUCCAGCCUGAAAGCCAAGCCUUUUAAAAAUUCUCUUUAAUUUCACCAUCCACACAUAAAAAUAUGGAUGUAGAGCUGUAUGUGUUUUGAAACUGAUAGAGUGACUUAAGAAUCCAGAAUGUAAAAGAAAUUAAAAAAUGCGUCCUUUCAAGUGCUGACAACUGUCUUGUUGCUUUACCCAUGCUUCAGGCUGCAUUAGCAUGUCAACAUCUGGCUCUGAGAUUAUUUGGUUGCCUUAAAAUGAAGAUGAAGCAAGUUACGUGUUCUGCUGCAAUGGUGGACUAUGUGAGGUGGAAUUUGUGUAAUAAUGACGACAAUUUCCACAUGCCAUCUUUAUCCUGAGAAUGGUGAACCUGUGCUACAGAAGAUAAGAAGAUCCUUCUUUCUUUCAUUGCCAUGCUCGUCAGUUUCAGGCCAUUGCUUCUAGGGCUCGCUUUAAUUUAUAACAAUAUAUAACAAUAAUUCAUAACAAACCUUUCAACCACUCUUUCCUGAACAUUCAAAGUUACAGCUACAUGUCUUUUAAGGAUGUUUUGCUUUCUUUUGUUAUACCUCAUGAAGUCAGAACACUGAAGGGAAGCCUAUUAAAACCUGUCUUGUAAGUAACUAUUAGGUAUCUGAUAAUAUUUGAGAACUUUCAUUACUUGCAGGCACAGGCAUUGCUUCCAAAGUAUGUUACUGUACCUGUUUACUGUCUGUAGCUAAAUAAUUAAUUGUGGCAAACAUUUUUAAAGCAUAUGUUAUUUAGUAACAAGCAGAAAACAUUUUUUUAAAUUUUAAUGAGAAUCUAUAAUAAGAAUGUAGUUUCUUAUCUAUACCAACUAUAUUCAUUUCAAUUUAUGCAAUUUUGCUGCUUUUAGAUUCUGAAAGUUGUGUUGGCAAAAUGAAUACAAGGUGAUGAUGCAGGUUUUGAGUGCAACAUAACAUGUUUUAGAAUUGCAUGUUAUUCCUAAUAUAUGGAUUUAGUGAAGUGGGGGGAAAAAAAGUAACUCUGAUUUCUAACGUAUUUCUGCAAGAGUGCAGAGUAGUCAGUUGUCUUAAAUGUGUCCUUCCUUAAAAGAGUUGUUACACUUUUUAUGGACUCUGAAGAGUUUAUGUUCAAAUGUAUGUUUUACCUAAAUACAGUUUAAUUGUUUGUUACUAAGGUAGCAAGAUGUGAUAUAUGAGCCUCAAGAGAAUGACUUGCAGCAGCCACCAAACCCAGACAGUGUCUAGCUGGGUUUGAACAUCUCAUAAGAACCUCUUCCUAAAUACCAGCGAGAAUUGGACUGUCCUGAAAGAGGCAUAAGAUAAGUCCCGUGAGGUGCCUUACUCACAAACAUAGUCCAUGGUUGCAUAUUGCACGUUUCUCAUAGUUUGACAUAAAGAGCUCAGUAAUAAUAAUAGGAGAUGAAUAGUAUCUGCAUUCCACGUGCAGUGUUCUUUGCUAGGGUCUGGGCAAGCACAAAUACAGACUGCGCAGUGAAUGGCUUGAAAGCAGCCCUGAGAAGGAUUUGGGGAUGUCAGUGGAUGAAAGACCCAACAGGAGCUGGUGAUGUGUGCUUGCAGCCUAGGCAGCCAACUGUAUCCUCAGUUGAGUGAAGAGAAGCAUAACCAGCAGCUUGAGGUGAUUCUGCUCCUGUGGGACACCACCUGGAGUACAGCAUCCAGUUCUGAAGUCCCCAACACAAGAAGAACAUAGAGUUGUUGAAGCUGGUCCAAAGGAGGGCCAUGAGGAUGAUCAGAGGGCUGGAGCACCUCCCCUAGGAGGGUGGGCAGAGAGAGCUGGGACUUUACAGUCUAGAGAAGUGAAGGCUCAAAGGAGACCUUAUAGCAGCCUUCCAGUACCAUAGGUUCCUAUCUGUCCAUACUGACUUCGAAGUUCACUGGGACGUGAGCUUCUUAUUUAUCUUUACAUGUUUUGGGUCCAGAUCUGCUAUCAGAGAGAAUCUAAGGGAAAGAUAUGAAGAGGGCAACAUGGAUGGGGAGUGCUGAGGUCCCUGAGUUUCUGCAGCCCAGAGCAGAGGAGCUGAGGGGAGGCCUGACGGCGGCUGCAGCUCCUUACAAGGAGCGGAGGGGCAGCGCUGAGCUCUGCUCCGUUUGACAGCGACAGGGCCCGAGGGAACGGCAUGGAGCUGCGUCAGGGCAGGGAGGGUGGCGGUCAGGGACAGGGGCUGCACCGGAGGGCGGCGGGCACGGAACGGGCUGCACGGGGCAGCGGGCACAGCCCCAUGCCGGAGUUCAGGGAGCGUUUGGGCAGCAGUCUCAGACACCGGGUCUGAAUUUUGGGUGGUCCUGCAGGGAGCCAAGUAUGGGACUCCAUAAUUCUCGUGGGUCCCUUCUGACUCAGAAUAUUAUAUGAUUUUUUUUUUUAUUUUUUUAUUUUUAUUUAUUUAUUUUUUUUUUUUUUUGCAUGCUGAUGACAUUCACAUAAUAAGGUCAGUGAAGCACAAAUUUUUAACUUAAUCCAUGGAGCAAUUUUGUGUUGCAGCGAGUAAAUUUGGAAUGUCACUCCAGCCCAAGUAAAAAUCCCAGUCUUUCUUGUGAUAAUUUAAUGUGCAUUAAAAUAAAAUGAUCUUUGGGAUUUCAGUGCUUUGCCUGCUUUUAAUUGGUGCAGAAGAGCUUCAGUUAAUUUCAGAGGGGUUUGGGAAUGCUCCACAAUGCAGAAAUUCAGGCCACAUAUAUUUAGGUGCCCAUGUAUGGAUUCUGAACCUUCUUGUUGACAUUGCAAGUAUGUGUGGAUUUUGCUACACCUCAGCUACCAGUGACUACAUCUAGCGCUUGCAGUGAGGGCUUAAUAUGAAUGCACAAGAUAACAAAUGGAAAUUAAUCAUAAAAUGCUAAUGUUGCUUAAUGGAAUAAACAAUCCUAGUGAAUGCAGAGUUCUAGCAGCAGUGUAUUGGUAUUCUGUGAGAUGAGGGUCAUUUUGUGUAGAAGCACUGCUGGCUCUGACCUUUAUUUGACAUGUCCACAGUGUGGAAUAUGCUGCUGAAAACCUUCUGAAGCUUGCUAGGGUAUUCUUUGCAAAGAUGUGUGGUUUCCUAAUUUGCAAUCUAUGGCAAUUAGACCACAGCAGUGAUGCUACGAACGUGAUUUUUUUCAGGAUAGAAAUGUGCAGCAGAGAAGAAAAGCUAAAUCGAUUGCUUCAAAGCCUGUGUUUGUUCUUGACAAAAUCAUCAGUGAAACUUCUCUUGCUCUUCUCUAUAAUGGGCAGUGAGUUAUAUCAAAGCUUCAGUGGUUGAUGACUUGCAAUCAGGUGAGACACCCUGAGGGACAUCUGGAUACUGUUAAAGUUUGCAUUAGCAGAUGCGGUAUUUAUAAUGUCAAAGGUAUUUUAAAAGGCCAAAUGGUUGCUGGAUGUUUGUUUUCUUUGAGAAUUAGGAAACUUUUACUGCCUUCUACUGUAAAAUGAUUAGAAAAAUCUGUUUUACUGAAUGCUUGCCAGAAGAAAGAAGCUUGCAGUCUUUCUCAGUGUCACCUCUCUUGUUGACCUAAUCCUUGUUCAGCCUCAACCCUGACAGUUCUGAGAGCUCUGUCCCGGAGCACUGAAGAGAUUUGAAAACAUGGAGAUCUUACAGCAGACUUAGCUGUAUUUGCUAUAAAUUUAGCUGUUCGUUGGUAGAAUAGACAUCUUUUUUAGAAUGGUGUUGUUAAAUCAUUGUCUUUUAUUCACGAGAACAUACUGGAAGAAACAUUCGCUCUGCAGGUAGCUUUGUUGUAUGGAGGGAGAAAAUUGCAAACAGUGGUAGGAGCAGCAUGGCUUCAGAACAAGCAACUUUGCUCAUGCUCAGGAACGCAUAUCUCAGUUUCUGUGAUGACUUUUUGUCAAAACGCUUUACCUUAUCUUUCACUGUAGUGCUUUCAGCAAACAGUCAUGUUACAUCAUAUUUUGCAUACAAUUUUUUUUUUAACAUUUACACUGUUAAAAUGUUAAAAUAAGGCAAAAUUCAGGAUUUCAACUGCACAAGAUGAACAAUAUCAAUCAUUUAUUGUACUGAUAGGCAGAUAAUCUUUUCACUAUUCCUUCACUUUACAUAUACAAUUGUAUUUCACAUUGCAUAGAGUGAACAAGCAGGUGAGAAGUUAAAUCACUGUGUGGAGUAGGAGUAAAGCCAUGGGAAUGAGCUAAAUUAAUCUCACUUCAGUUUUUGUGCCUUUCUUCAGCAAGGCCCCAUCCUGCACUCCAUAACAUGUCAAGGCUGAGGGAGUCUGGGGCCCUAAGGCUGUUUCUGAUAUGGCAUUUAGUUGCCUGAGUUCACCUGAGGUCACGGAUUAAUUUCAGUUGGAUUUGAGUGCCAAAAUAAUCUUGGAGGAUCUGCGCCUCAUUGCUUGAGAUACAUUUCAAAUAAAAUGCAUUUCCUACUGCUUGUUAAGUAGGAGAUGCAUUUGAGAAGUUAUAUAAAACUGAUCAGCUAAUCUUCUAACCUGCUUCUGAAACAGCUUUCUGUGUAUGGAAGCAACACAGAUUUAAUAACUUUAAGACACAGCCCAAUUUCCUUCCUACACCAGUAUAUACUGGCCUGGAUGUUCAUAGAGGUGCUGGUACAAAGAUGGUGUAAAGUAAAACAGCCAGGCCAAAAAAGAAAAAAAAAGGAAAAAAAAAAACCAAAAAAAAGGAAGAAGAAA